AUUUAUUACCAUCUACAUAACAUCCGGCUGAUUAGAAAGUAUUUAUCAUAUGACAAUAGGAAGUCCAUUGUACAGGCUAUUAUAAUGUCACGUUUAGACUAUUGUAACGGUCUAUUAUAUGGUACGCCCGCUGUUCAUCUUGGUAAGCUGCAACGCCUGCAGAACGCGGCAGCUCGGCUGGUAUGUACUAUAUCUAGGUAUGAACACAAUAUCUUUUAGACUUGAUAAAAAUCAAAGAGAGCUCGCGGUAUCAGUUGAGAUCAUACCGGGGCAUACUCCUAAUGGACAAUACCUAUAGAACAAAAAAGACACUCGGGGAUAGGGUUUUUGAAAAUGCUGCGCCCAAAGUAUGGAACCGACUCCCUCUAGAAAUUAGACAAUGU